AGACUAAAAUUACCCAUUAACUCAAAAUCAAAAUUCACGCACAGACAAAAGAACCUCCCUUGCAUUUCCCAAGCACAGAAACAGAACCAUAAAAUUGCUUUCCAUUUCCCUCCUUCUCAACUUUUUUUUUUCUUAAGAGGCCAUUUGCAGGUUUUUCUGAAAACCUGCUAAAAAUACUUUUGUAUCCCAAGAAUUCACGCUAUUUUCCAACACUUCUUACCUGCACACCACCUGUUUGAUAAAACGCUAAAAAGAAAGUGAAAGGUGAACUAGCAGCGAUGGGCAUGAAAACAUUGCUUAAAUGGUCAAAACAAAUCACCCCAUCUAAAGUUGAGCAACUACUUAGAGCAGAAAGGGACUUACGCAAAGCUAAAAUCAUAUUUGAUUCCGCAAGCGCGGAAUACAGCAAUGGUUUUAGGCAUGAUCACACCACGUUUGGCGUCAUGAUCUCUAAAUUAGUCUCCGCGAAUGAGUUCAGGCCCGCAGAGGAAAUGCUUAAUAGAAUGAAGGAAGAGAAGUGCAGAAUUACUGAGGAGAUAUUCCUUUCAAUUUGCAGAGGCUAUGGCCGGGUUCAUAUGCCAUUAGAUGCCAUCAGGGUUUUUCAUAAAAUGAAUGACUUUGGGUGCAAACCCACUGACAAGUCUUACAUCAGUGUAUUUGCUAUUCUUGUUGAAGAGAAUCAGUUAAAGGUUGCGAUGAGUUUUUAUAAGUAUAUGAGGGAAAUGGGUGUUCGGCAGAGUGUUGUUUCGCUUAAUGUUUUGAUUAAAGCCCUUUGUAAGAAUAGCGGAACGAUUGAUGCUGCUUUUGAGAUAUUUCGUGAGAUGCCAAAACGCGGGUGUGAUCCGGAUUCGUAUACGUAUGGUACGCUAAUUAAUGGUUUGUGUAAGUUGGGUAAGACUUUUGAAGCCAAGGAGUUGUUUAAAGAGAUGGAUACAAAAGGAUGUUCACCGUCCGUUGUCACGUACUCUUGUUUGAUGCAUGGCUUGUGCCAGGCUGGUAACGUGGAUGAAGCUAUGGGAUUGUUUGAUAAGAUGAAGAAAAAAGCCAUUGAGCCAAAUGUGUUUACCUAUAGUUCUUUAAUGGAUGGUCUUUGCAAGAAUGGGGGUUCUUUAGAAGCCAUGGAGCUACUAGAGAUGAUGGUCAGGAAGCGCCAUAAGCCUAAUAUGGUAACAUAUAGUACGUUAAUUAAUGGGCUCUGUAAAGAAGGAAAACUUGCUGAAGCUGUGGAGACUCUUGACAGGAUGAAGCUUCAGGGAUUGAAACCAGAUGCAGGGCUCUAUGGAAAAAUCAUAAAUGGGUUCUGCAAUAUUCGCAAGUUCCAGGAGGCUGCAACCUACCUUGAUGAGAUGGUUCUAGGGCAGAUCUCACCAAACCGAGUAACUUGGAGCCUUCAUGUUAAGCUUAAUAAUAUGGUAGUCCAAGGCCUUUGUACAAAUGGCAACCUGAAUAGAUCCUUUCAGUUGUACAUAGGUAUGCGCACUAGGGGUAUCUCAAUUGAUGCUGGGACCUUUGAUUCUCUUGUGAAAUGUUUCUGCAAGAAAGGGGACUUGCAUAAAGCUGCUCGCAUUUUUGAUGAGAUGGUGCUCGAUGGAUGUGUUCCUGACCAUGGAAUAUGGAGUGCUGUGGUUGGUGGAUUUUGGGAUAGAAGAAAGGUCCGGGAAGCUUUUGAGUCGAUAGUGGUUGAACUAAUGAAUGAAUUUGUUGAGCAUGUAUAGAAAAUCAUAACGAAGAUUUAUGAAUUAGGAACGACAUGAUAAUUCCUAAUUCAAGGUGAAUAAAGUAUAUAAAUGAUGAAGACAUUCAAAUUGCCAAUUGGUGCCACUUUGUGAAGCUGAAGGAGAUUAGUGCCCUGAACAGAUAAUGUGCUAGUUAGCUGAGUAGGAAAAGCCAAUUCCACGACGCUUAGAGGGAGAUGCUACAAACAACACACUGCAAGCAACACCAACUCCAACUGUCGCGUGGUGCAACUGCUGCAAAUGAAAGCACUGAUAUAAAGGCAUGCAAAAAUUCAACAAACUUUAGCUGAUAUUUUUUGCUGCAAAUUCAGAUGGAAAGUUUUCCGAUGCAUCAAUAAUCCACAAACCGCGAUAUGUGGCAAACCCAUGACAGAUGUUUCCCUAAAGCUAUCAGUGAAGCAUGAUAGAAAACAUGACAAUCCGCAGAUGGCUAGAAGUGUGGCAAUCAAGUACUAGCCCACUGAGCUGCAGUUACCUUGCUUUGUGAAUAAGGGCGACAAGAGUUGAAAAGCAAGAACAGUUCCUGUAGGUAAAUAAUUGGCAAUGGCCAGUGCUUUGAAAUGUCUUGGUAAGAGCUUUGUGUUUCUAGGUCUUUUGCUCUGUUUCAACAGCAGAUGUACCUCCAAUUAGGGGGAGUUUUUGCUCAUUAUGAUUCUGGGAGUUCUCAGCCACUCCUCUAAUCUCCAUGACCUGGCACCUUUGGAUUCUGGCUACACUGUUCUUCAUUUCAGCUUCCGGCUCACGUUACAGGUCUAUUUUCAGGAACUGCAUCAAUUAUGUAAAGAGGAAAAAGUUGAAUUUCACUGUGGGUGAAACAAGGAAAAGUUGAUUUUGAUGCCUUGUAAAAACAGAAACUGAAAUUGGAAAAAGCUAUUCUAACCGAAAUUCUUGAAGGAGAGUUUCGAUUAACAAUUAUUGGAGAAAGUUUUUGUCCAUUAUGAAUUUAAUCUUUAGAAGUUGUCCUCAUAUGCACACAGACAAGCAGGGGGGGAAAGUGGAUCCCCCAUUUUUCAUGAGGUGCUGGUUGACGGAUGUGUUCCUGACGAGGCAACACAGGGUGCUGUGGUUGGUGGAUUUGGCCUUGGGAUAGAAGAAAGGUACGGGAAGCUUUGGAGUUGGUAGUGGCUGAGAUGAUGAUUCAAACCAUCUUACAGUUAGGCAGAUUUGGUUUAUAAUCGUGCGGCAUGGAACAAAAGGAUCCACUUAGCCGACCUGACUAGUUUGGAACUAAGACUUUGGUGUAGUUGUUCUUGUGGUUGGGCUAAUCAGUGAAUCGGUUGAGCAUCUCCUUGUAAAUCUGGAUGAGGAUUUAACUACUCGGUGCUAGUUUUCUUAUUCUAACCAUGUAAAACUUUCUCAUGUUGUAAAUCCUUUCUUUGCUAGCACAGUUCCACGUCUUCCUGGUAGUUUAAUCAGCGAUCCACUUUCUGUAUGCAUGGUGCUGUCUUAAGAGCAUGAAAUGCUAACUUUCAGCAGCAUCAUUCUCAAA